AUGCCCCAAGAUCCGCUAAUUGGAAUUGUCGGCAAACCGUCCAGUGGUAAGUCGACAAUGCUUAACUCGCUCACAGAUGCUGAUGCAGCUGUUGGCGCAUUUCCGUUCACUACCAUCGAACCGAAUAAAGCCACUGGCUACUUACAGGUUCCAUGUGCAUGCUCCAGGUUUGGAAAGCAGGAAUUGUGUAAGCCAAAUUAUGGUUGGUGUUCGUCGGGCAUGCGGCACGUCCCAAUCACACUUUUAGACGUCGCGGGGUUAGUUCCGGGUGCCCAUUCAGGUAGAGGUCUAGGAAACAAAUUCCUGGAUGAUCUGCGACACGCAGACGCCUUGAUCCACGUAGUCGACGUCAGUGGGACCACCGACGCGGACGGAAAAAACACUAUUGGCUACGAUCCUCUACAGGACAUACAGUGGUUACAGGAUGAGAUUCGUCUCUGGAUCGAAGGAAACCUCGAAAAGCGCUGGCCAUCUGUAGUUCGUAAACACGUAGCUACAAAAUCAACAACUCUUUCUACAAUGCAGGCGCAACUUGGCGGCUACGGAGCCAACCUUGACCUAGUACAGGCCGCACUAAGCCGUACCAAGGACCUUCCGCCCCUUGAAAAGUGGGACAGCUCUCACAUUACCCAGGUCGUUAAAGCCUUUAUGCAAGUUAAGUUCCCCACCGUUCUCGCUCUCAACAAAAUUGAUCAUCCAGAUGCAGACAAAAACGUCACCAAAAUUAUGCUCAAACAUCCCCAUACGAAAACGGUCCUUACAUCCGCCCUAACCGAGGUUUUUCUUCGCAAAUUAAGCAAACAGCGCUUCAUACACUACCAACCAGGAACCGAUAUAUUAGACACUUAUGAAGAUGAUCCCGUUAAUUUAAAACCCCUAGAUACGCCAGUGUUAAACCGCAUAGAAAACUUACGUGACCUAAUCCUCUACCGAUUCGGUUCCACCGGUGUUGUUCAGGUCCUACAAGCAGCAGCAUCUGUCCUGGACCUCAUACCAGUCUAUACCGUCAAAAACAUCACCUCAUUUACCGGCAGUUCCCCUCCCCAUGUCUUCAGGGAUUGCUACCUGAUCAAGAGCGGAACUAAAGUCAAGUCGGUUACCCGGCACAUAAUGGGCGAUAUCCCCGUAGCCGCCGUUGAAACUGUCGGCGGCUCCCGUGUUUCAGAUGAAGAUCCUAUAGCCCCCACGAAAAACGACAUUUUAAGUUUCCGCGUCGGCUCUCGAAAGUGA